AACCACCCUGCGAUACAAACACAUGCUGACUAGAGGUUAGCUCAGUGAACAACGUUAAGAGUGGCAAUAAAACGCCGCUAAAGAUGGUCCAAUUAAGUAGAAUCUGCUUUCGGAAGUCAAAACAUCAACAUCAUCUUACUAGACUUAUGUGAUCUAAAGAUGUGCCAUUUGAUACGUCUCUGUCCAUCUGUGACUGAAGAGACCUUGCAUGUGAUCAUAACACUAUGCAAACUUUGUGGAUAACCUCCGUCUGUACGUCCAUGGAGGCUCUGGCGGAAUGGGUUUACCCCGACUUGGUGGACAGGGAGGGAAUGGGGGAGAUGUUUGGGUGGUGGCUUCAAAGACUACUACCUUGAAGAAGGUCAAGGAUAAGUACCCCCAGAAACGAUUUGUAGGUGGAACUGGAUCUAACAGCAGUGUUCGAGCACUGAAAGGAGCGAAGGGGACGGACAAGGAGAUCAAUGCCCCUGUUGGUAUCACCGUCACCACAGACGAUGGCAAAAUAAUUGGUGAACUGAAUGCUGAUGGUGAACGUCUCGUGGUUGCGAAAGGAGGACGUGGAGGCACCUUUCACUCCGCGUUUGAGCCCAGUAAGGGUCAGGCCAAACACAUAAGGCUGGAUCUCAAACUUAUCGCAGACCUGGGCCUUGUUGGGUUCCCAAACGCAGGGAAGUCGUCUCUCCUGACAGCCAUGUCUAACGCCACUCCUCAGAUUGCAAACUAUGCUUUCACGACUUUGAAGCCUGAGAUCGGCAAACUGAUGUAUAAAGAUUACAAGCAGAUUUCUGUUGCUGAUCUUCCUGGCCUGAUUGAAGGAGCUCAUAUAAACAAAGGCAUGGGCCACAAGUUCCUAAAACACGUGGAGAGGACUAAGCAGCUUCUCUUUGUGGUUGAUGUUUCUGGUUUCCAGCUGGCGAGUAAAACACCGUUUAGGUCGGCCUUUGAAGCCGUUCAACUUCUCACCAAGGAGUUGGAGUUGUUCAAAGAGGAGCUUGUAUUGAAGCCUGCUUUACUGGUGGUGAAUAAGAUGGACCUGCCUGACGCUGAAGACAAACUAGUAGAGCUGAGGGAGCAGCUGAAGAACCCAGAAGAGUUUUCUGAUCUGUUACCUGACGACAUGAAACCAAAGAACUAUCUGAGUUUCAGACAUGUGGUUCCUGUCUCAGCCCUCACUGGGUUUGGUAUCGAACAUUUGAAGAGUUGCAUCAGAGACUCACUUGAUGAAGCUGCAGAAACGGAUUCUAAAGCCAUCCAUCAAGAAAGACUGAAGGCGCUGAUGUCCAACUCACACAAGCUUUUGUGAAAAUCACGGACAACUUGCUACGACUUCCUGUGGGACCUGCAGUGUAAGAGUGACGGAUGGGUCUUAUUCUGUGUGCCAUAAAAAUGACUGAUAGGUUGGACUGAAAUGGCGAAUAAACUCAGGUGAAACACACAACUGUGCCAUGCAGACCUGUUAGCAGCGGCAACAAAGGGACUUUUUUGU